UAAUAAAUGUCACUGUCAAGUGUCAACUAAAUAAUAUUCUCAAAACGUUAGUGUUGUUGAUCUAAACUUUAAUUCGACAUAAUUUGCAGGAGAAGCUACGAAAAUAAUUAAUAAUGGCCGUUCGUUUCGCCGGUGCUCUGAAAGAGCUUAGAAUUCACUUAUGUCAAACUAACCAACAAUCUGCUGGUGUUAGAGACUUCAUCCAAAAAUACUAUGUUGGUUUAAAAAAAGAAAAUCCGAAGUUCCCUAUACUGAUCCGCGAGUGUAGCGGUGUUCAACCCCGUGUCUGGGCUCGCUAUGACCGAGGUUCUGAAAAGAGUGCAUCUUUGACAAACCUAUCUUCAAAUGAUGUACUAUCCACCAUUAAGCAACUAGUGAAGUGAAUUAACAUUCUUGUUGUUAUAGCAUAGAAAUAUUAUUUAAAUAAAUAAAAAAAGCUGUUA